ACACUUGCUAUGUGCUGAACUGGGAACCGACUGCGAAGCGCAACCGGGACCGGGACAGAGAAGCCGCCGCCCCGCUAGAGGCGCUCGCUCCUCUCGCCCGGCUGCUGAUAUCUUCCGCCGCUUCUGGGGGGCUGCGGCUGCUGCUGCUUGCUUAAAAAAAAGAAAGAAAAUGUGCUCGCACCAGGUCGAGUUGGGCUUCGUGGAAGAAGCGGCACCUUGGCGGCUGCGCAGUGAGCAGUUCCCUUGCAAGGUGGGCGGCAGGCCGGCUUGGCUGGGCGAGGCCGGCUUGCCGGGGCCCUCCGAGCUGCGGUGCGGCGUGUGCGGGCAGCCUUGCGCUUUCCUCCUGCAGCUCUACGCGCCGGUGGAAGAGCGUCCCGAGGCCUUCCACAGGAGCCUCUUCCUCUUCGGCUGCCGCCGGCCUUCUUGCUACCGCUCCGCCGGCCCAGCCCCGGGCAGCCUGAGAGUUUUUAGGAAUCAGCUUCCAAGAAAGAAUGAUACUUAUUCUUAUAAUCCACCACCUGAAGAGCCACCUUUGGAAGAGUUGCCUUCUGUGAAUCUGCAGCUAAAAUGCGGAGCUAUGCUUUGCAGAGUUUGUGGUUGCUUGGGACCCAGCACAUGUUCCAAAUGUCAUAAGGCUCAUUAUUGUAGCAAAGACCAUCAGAUCAAAGAUUGGAAAGCAGGACAUAAGGUAUCAUGUUUGCAGCCUGAAGAUGUAAUUCCGGAUCAUAAAUUUCUGUUCCCCGAGUAUGAAAUUGUAAGAGAACAUGAGGAGUUGGAUUCUGCUGUUGUCAAUGAUACAGAGCAGGAAGAUUUAGACAAAAAUGAGGACACAACAGAUGAAGCUUCUGAAUUAUUAGAGGAGAUGUCCUUGGAGAUGAUGGCAAAACAUGAAACUCCAGAAGAUAGAAUUUUUCAAAUAUUCAAAGAAAGAAUAUCUUUGGAACCAGAACAGGUUAUCAGAUACUGCAGAAAUGGAGAAGGGCCCAUCUGGAUUUCAGGGUUAAAUAUUCCUCAGGACCCAGAUAUUCCCAACUGUCAAUGUGGUAGUAAAAGAGUAUUUGAAUUCCAGGUGAUGCCACAGCUUCUAGCUCACUUAAACGUUGACAGUCUUGGAGAAAGCAUUGACUGGGGAACACUGGCUAUCUACACAUGUGCUGUGAAUUGUGAUCUAGGAAACCAGUAUGCUGAAGAGUUCAUCUGGAAGCAGGACAUUUCCAAUUCUGUUUAAUUUCUGCAAAGCUUAAACAGCGAGAUAAUUUUCUUCUGUAUCAUAAUUUUUUCUCACCUUUUAUAUUCAAACUGAUAACAAUGAUUGCCAUGAGACUACAGAGGUGAUCAUUUUACUAGUAUUUUGAAGUGAAAAAAAUCAAAUCAUGAUAGACAUGAUGUGAUACAUUCACUAUAAUAAAGAAUCAAGUAAGAAAUGAA